GCCCGCAGUACGUAACUCCACCCCCGACUUCCAUUUCUGAACUGAGGACACAGCACUCGUGAAGAGAAUCUUUUAUGUUAUGUAUAUUUCUUAAUGUAAAUCAACUGUAACGUUAGGCUCUCCGCUGAAACGUCGAUACACACACACACACACACAACUGAAGUAGCCUUUGCAAUUGUAGUUGGUACCCGUUCGGACAGUGGCUAGAGUCGAAGCUGGCCUUUUAUUUCACGUUUUAACUUUGCUAAGCGGCGGUUUCCGCCGUUUUUUUUCUUUCGCCCCACUCACUCCCGCUGUGUGAGUAGGGGCCUGUAACGUUGGUUUAAGCCACGAGGCGCGUCGGAUAAACCGGAAUUGGGAGAUGGCGGAGUUCGGUAACGGAAUGGACUCAGGGAUGACGGAAGAAUCCCUGCUGGACUCAGACCCAGGGCACCCAGAACUUGAAGACCCGGGUGUUGGCGAUGAGGAACCUGGAUUAGAGGAGGGAGAGGCCGCGAUCGAGGACCCGGAGCUGGAGGCGAUCAAAGCUCGGGUGCGAGAGAUGGAGGAGGAAGCAGAAAAGCUGAAGGAGUUACAGAACGAGGUGGAGAAACAGAUGAAUCUUAGCCCUCCACCAGCCGGUCCCGUCAUCAUGUCCAUCGAGGAGAAAAUGGAAGCCGACGCGAGAUCUAUCUAUGUUGGAAACGUUGAUUACGGCGCCACGGCGGAGGAGCUAGAAGCCCACUUCCACGGUUGCGGCUCUGUCAACAGAGUCACCAUCCUGUGUGACAAGUUCACAGGGCAUCCCAAAGGGUUUGCCUAUAUCGAGUUUUCAGACAAGGAGUCUGUGAGGACGGCCAUGGCGUUGGACGAGUCUCUGUUCAGAGGAAGGCAGAUUAAGGUGGGUGUGAAGAGAACAAACAGGCCAGGUAUCAGCACCACAGACCGCGGGUUUCCUCGGGCCCGCUUCCGCUCACGAGGAGGGAACUUUAACCCGUCGCGCGCACGGUACUACAGUGGCUACACACCGCCCAGAGGCAGAGGACGGGCCUUCAGGUUUCAGGACCAGUGGAGGCUGACAACCCCUGCUCCGGUGGCCGCGGCGCCCCCCAAUGUCUCGGCAGGGUCUCUCUCUCUCUCUGCUCCUGCUAUGCACACUCACCCCAUCCUGUCUGUGUGGGGGGGAGGGGGUCAGGGCGAUCACAGGGCUACCGCAGGGGGCAUUUACUACAACAAGCGUUGAGCUGUCUUACACACACACACUAGGCCCACACACUUAUUGUGCAGACACUACACAACCAACCACCACACAUAUUUAUAGAGAGAGCUAAUGUCAAGAUGGCAGCAGCUGUUUUAGUUGGGAGAGUGAGAAAGAUGGGACCAGAGAAGGGGUGGGGGGAGUACUAGGGCCCUGGCCUGAUCUCGGACAGGGGCUAAAGUAAUUAAAAAGAGUGGAGCUUUUAUUUUAAGGGGGGUGGGUUUGUGUGGAGGGGUUUGGUUUUUGGAAACAGGAGUGGGUUUAAAAAAAAAAAAGUUUAGCUUUUUUAUUUUUAACCCAUAAGUCUGUAAUUAGAAGAAAAAAAAUAAAGACUGUAAAAAAUGA